GUCUAAAGAUGCAGUGGACCCCAGAGCACACACAAUGGGCAGAGCAACACUUUGACAUCUCAUCUACUACCCGCUCGCCAGCACACAAAGUAGAAGCCUACCGGGGGCACUUACAGCGAACGUACCAGUAUGCGUGGGCAAACGAUGACAUCUCUGCACUGACUGCCUCCAAUCUGUUAAAGAAAUAUGCAGAGAAGUACUCUGGGAUCCUAGAGGGCCCAAAUGAAAGAGCCCUGCUGUGUUCCUACUCUGAUAGCAGCACUGGACUCAUGAAUGGACGAAAGUCAGAGAAUGAGUCCUGGCAGGAGGGGAUUUACCCAAUGAACUGUGCUCCAGAUGUUAUAUCUGUGAGCAAAGCUGGAAUGACAGCUGCCCUACCCCCUACAGAUGUGUCGGCUAGCAUAGGCAGCUCCCCAGGGGUGGCCAGCAGCUUGUCUGAGCCUAGCUAUUCCAGCAGUAACUGUGGGAGCCACACAGCCACUACUCUCCACUCGGGCCUCCCCUCUCAGGAAUAUACUGCCAGCUACAACGCCUCCUACCUACAUUCUAGCUACAGCAGCCAGAAUACCCCAGCCCUCCCCUCCCCACAUCCAUCUCCUUUGCACAGUGCUGGGCUCUUACAACCGCCACCCCCACCUCCUCCUCCUACCUUAGUGCCGAGCUACAACACCGGGUCUCCAAACCUUCCAAACUACAAUUAUCCUCCAACAGGGUAUCCUUCUCAGACUGCUGUUGGCCCAGGUUACAGCCCUGGGGGAGCACCCCCUCCUUCUGCUUAUCUGCCGUCCGGUAUUGCAGCUCCUACACCAAUCCCUCCCUCCACACUGCCUGGCUACACCUACCAGUCCCAUAAUCAUACGCCAAUUGCACCAACACCUUUGAAUGGCAGCACGUCCAACUCAUUAAAACGAAAAGCUUUCUACAUGAGUGGACAUGGAGAUAUGGACUCUAGCUAUGGUAAUUUCAACUACAACCAACAGCGCUCUUCACAGAGCCCGAUGUACAGAAUAACAGACAGCAGCGUCUCAGACUCAAACAGGGGAAAUGGCUUUGAGAGAAAUGCAGAGGCUUCGUCUUUAGCGUUUAAACCAACCAAACAGCCAAUGUCCUCUGAUCAGCAAAGAAAAUUUAACAUGCACUCUGGCAGAGCACUAACUCCUCCCUCCUAUGGAUCAACCAAAAGCUCUGUGGGUGAUCUCAGAACUGGUGAGCCCUACAGCAAGUUUGGAUCUCCCAUCAUGAGUGAGCAAACUGAAGAGCACAGACAGCACCUCUCUCACUCCCUAACAGGGCCUGACCUUGGUACGGCUACCUCGUCCAUCCAUGCUGCGGAGGAGCAACUGAAGAACAGUGAUUCCAACCUGGUGGAGAUGGUGACCACGGAAAUCCUUCAGCAGGGCCCUCCGGUGGACUGGAGUGACAUCGCAGGUCUGGAAAUGGUCAAAGCAGCAAUUAAAGAGGAGAUACUAUGGCCCAUUUUAAGGCCAGACAUGUUUAGUGGACUUGCCACAUUACCUCGAAGCCUCCUUUUAUUUGGACCUCAGGGAACUGGUAGAACGCUGCUGGCGCGCUGCAUGGCCAGCCAACUGGGGGCUGCCUUCUUGCGACUCAGCAGCUCAGGUCUGGUGACGAAGUGGCUAGGGGAAGGCGACAAGAUCAUCCAGGCUUCUUUCCUGGUGGCCCGGUGUCGCCAGCCGGCGGUGGUGUUCAUCAGCGAAGUGGACCUGCUGCUGUCAGCCCAGCUCAGCGAGGAGAGCCCUGUGAAUCGCCUCAAGGCUGAGCUCCUCAUGCAGCUUGACAGUAUUCUGACCUCUGCUGAGGACCAUGUCCUCGUGGUGUGCUCCACCAAUAAGCCUGAAGAGAUCCCAGAGUCCCUACGGAGGUACUUUACCAAGCGACUGCUCAUCCCCUUGCCUGAUGGGACAGCACGACACCAGAUAAUCAGCCAACUGCUCUCACAGAACAACUACUGUCUUAGUGACAAAGAGAUGUCACUGCUGGUUCAGAGGACAGAGGGCUUUUCUGGACUGGACGUGGCCCAGCUGUGUCAAGAGGCUGUAGUAGGUCCUCUUCAUGGCAUUCCUGGUACUGACUUGUCAAGUAUCCAUCCCAGUCAGAUGAGACCGGUCUCCUACCAAGACUUUGACAAUGUGUUCUGCAAAUUUCAGCCUAGCAUAUCACAAAAAGAACUUGACAUGUACACUGAGUGGAAUAAAAUGUUUGGUUGUAGUCAAUGA